CCUACAUCACAUUAUCGCCACGCCUGCUUCUCCUACCGCUCAGCAGCAUGGCAGGCUCAUCGGGCUCCCAGCUAGCCCAACUCAAGCGGCAGGUCAAGGACAGCGGCAUCAAUGACCGCCGUCAAGAGUCCGCAGCAGCCAAGAAGCGCAAGCGUGGCGCUCAAGCUUCGGAGCAGGAUACCGCCGCCGCAAGACGAGCUGCUCUCGCCCGCAUCAAAGACGAUCGACGUUUCAACCCUUUCGACGAAAAGGUCACCAAGCAAAAGCAUGAAGUCCUGGGAAGAAAAGUCAAGGGAGCAGUCGGUCGUCCCGGCCUAGCCAAGCAGGGUGGACUUGCCCAGAGAGCCGCGACCUUGUUGCCAGAGUACCAGAACCGUAAUCGCUCGAGUACUUUCAUCGAUCGCAGAUUUGGAGAGAGCGAUGCGACAAUGACGCCCGAGGAGAGGAUGUUGGAGCGUUUCACAAGGGAAAAGCAGAAGGGUGCAGGUUCAGGUGGGGGCAAGGGAAAAAAGGCUGCGCUAUUCAGCUUGAACGAUGAGGAGGGGCAGGAAGAGGAACUCACCCAUUUUGGUCGCUCCCUCUCUGGAAUGGGCAAUCUCCCCAUGCUGGGCGACAUUGAUGAAGAUGGAGCAGGCCAAAUCGACUCCUACACCACAGGCGCAGACCACUUUGGCGGCUUCGAGGAAGGAGCAGGAGAGAGCUCAUCUGGGCCAAAGACGAAAGCAGAGGUGAUGCGCGAGGUCAUGGCCAAGAGCAAGAUGCAUAAGAUGGAGCGUCAGCAGAUGCGUGACGCCGAUGACGAGCUGCGUGCUCAGCUGGACGACGAGUUGGGCGAUAUUCGGGGCCUGCUCAUGCAGGCGCCUGUGCCACCGAAGCCCCAACCGGGGGCGGCGGAUGGCGAGGCGUCCACCUUUGCUGCUGGCGCUGUGGCUGGCCCCUCUGCAGAGAAGAAAAAGGCCGCAGAGUACGACAGCUUUGUCCGCGAGCUGGCAUUUGAGCGUCGAGCGAAACCGCAGGAAAGGCUCAAGACAGAGGAGGAGUUGGCAGAGGAAGAGGCGGAGGAGCUGAGGAAGGCGGAGAAGUCUAGGCUGAAGAGGAUGAGGGGUGAGGUCGAUGACUCCGAUGACGAAGAGAGUGGUAGAGGUAGACCGAGAGGGGAGAAGAGGGCAGCUCAGGGCGACGAUCUCGACGAUGACUUCGUGGAUGGAGAGGGACAGACUGCUGCUGAUAUCUAUGGUUUGGGUAGCGGAUUGGGCGAGGGCGAGGACGAUCAGGGGGAAGAGGACGACGACGACGACGACGAGGAGGAGAGUGAAGAGGAGCAAGACGAAGCUCUUGAGGUGGACGGCUACGGCGAGGCUAUGGAAGGCGGCGGAGACGACAGCGAAGAAGAGGGCGAGACGAGAACCGCUUCCGCCAUCAAGUCUGCUAAGCCAGCUGCGAAGCCCAAGGCCGCCGGUACCGCUGCAAAGGCUCCCGCCCUUCCCUUCACCUUUCCCUGCCCUUCAGCGCACAAAGACUUCCUCAACAUCCUCAGUACCCACUCUGUCGACCCCUCGCAAGUCCCCCUCGUCAUCAAACGCAUCCGCGCUCUGCACCACCCCUCGCUCGCAGAGGACAACAAGUUCAAGCUGCAAGCCUUCAUCGGCGUACUACUCGACCAUGCUCUCUACGAGGCCAGAGCAGCCAGCGUGGAGGAGGAUCAAGAGAGCAGUCACGCGCACUCGUCCUGUGUCGACUCGCUACUCGCACCGCUCUUCGAGCUGAGCACCGCUUACCCUCGGGCAGCAGCACACCACUUCGUCACCAAGAUCAGUCUCAUGGAGCGCAACCUCACCCGCGGCCUCUCGCGCGGGGCCAUCAACCCUGAGAACAGGACAUCGCCCGGAGCCGCCGAGCUUGCACUCCUCCGUCUCGCGGGGUUGAUCUGGCCUACAUCCGACCUCAACCACCCGGUCACUACCCCACUCAUGCUACUAGAGGCACACUAUCUCGCGCACUGUCGCAUUCGAUCACAUUCGGAUCUUGCGGCGAGCCUUUUCCUCACGAGCUUGGUGGUGCAGCAGCAGGCCGGUGAAGCGAAGAGGAUGGUGCCCGAGGUGAUCAAUGCCGUCACAAACGCCGUUCUACUGCUCUUGCCCAUCAACAAGCGCAAGACACGAGCACAGGCGAUGGAGAUCUGUAGACGAUACGCCGUGCCUACGCCGGACUUCGGUGAGAGGCACGCCGAGGGGCUCAAUGUGAGCAGUUUGCCAGAGGAUGGCCGUCGUGCCGACCUCUUUGGGCUGCUGAGCGGGCGCGUUACGGGCUCAGACGCCGCGCAAGACUUGCUCUGCGUAGCUCUCAGCCUCGUUGUGUCUCUCUCGACCCUCUACGAAGGGACGGCGGCGUACAUCGAGCUCUUUGAGCCUGUACGGGCCAUCCUUGCCCUCGUUGCGGACAGCGACAAGGGCGCGGCAUCACCCAUCGGGAUGACCCUCACACACCUCGAGACAAAGCUGCGUGUCGCACAGUCCUCGCGCCGCCCCAUCACCCUUCACGCGCACCGUGCCGUCCCCCUUGCCUCCUUCAUCCCCAAAUUCGACGACGGAGGUCGUGGUUCCCGCCGUUACGACAACGGUCGCGGCUCCUCCGACCCCGAUGCCGAACGCGCCCAGGCCGCCAAGUUGCGCGCUCUCGUCCGAAAAGAGAAGAAGGGCGCCGUUCGCGAACUCAGACGUGAUGCGCAGUUCUUGGCACAGCAUCGUGCUGAGGAGAGACGAGAGGAGGCAAAGGAGUACAAUAGGAAGAUUGGCAAGAUCACGGCUGCAUUGGGGGAGGAGCGAAGUGAGGAGAAGAGGAGGGAGAGAGAGAAGGAGAGGAUGACGAGACGGAGGAAGGAGGGAGGAGGAAAGUGAGCCAACGAGGAGGGACCAGCCCUGCUGGCAGACGUGGCCGGAGCCGGCAAUGUAUCAUCACCUCAAUUACCAGCACAACAGCAUUGCAAGGUUGCCGCUAACGUCAUGCUCGCCCUUCUCACGGAUUUACCGAGCGCGACCAUGCCCGUCCGCAACAACCUUCACGCUACUCUGCUCGCUACCGCCCCUCUACCCCUGGCAGGUGAUAGUAUCGAUUAUGUCGCACCACGAAUCGUAUUAUGU